UGAACCCGGGUCUCGGGUCUCUAGCGCUGUGAGGCAGCAGUGCUAACUAACUGUUGUGCCACCAUGCCGCCCACAAAUUCACCUCCUGAAUCGCUGCCAGAUCAGUCAUUCACUUCAUAUGGCUGAGUAAACAUCUCUAAUCUGAAUUUUCUUGCAACUUUCUUUAGUUCGUGUGACUUUGAAAAUGAGUGCUGCUGCUGUUGUGAGGCCACUUGAUGUAAAUUUGUGUGAAACAACAAAAUGGGUGGACGACAUUGAAAGUGACAUAGAGCUGGUAGUGGAUAACGAAUGUUGUAAUGAUUUCUGCAAACUGAAACCAGGUGGAAACUAUUUAUCACUGGUAACAGAGAAAGUGCAACUUCACAGUGGAAAAACUGUGGAAUUGCAAAAGAAUGUCCUAAUGACAAUUGGGGGCCUGGAUUAUACAAUUUACUGGGGAAGGCAUGACCUGCUUAAAGGCUGGCAAGAGUUCUACUUGCCCCAAAGAAUGGAUAUGGUGGUUCUGGGUGUGAUUGAAAGUUAUCCGUGCCUGGCACCAGGGCUUCAGCUUGUCAUUCUCGCUGGAAAUGAUGGGUCAGUAUUUGCCUAUGAAGAAGAGAUGUUGCACAAAAUUGCCACCAAUUUGAAAAUGCUGUUUAAUGAAGGUCCAGUGUUUCCUGGAACUGAAAAGUAUGAAUAUGGAAAAGAUUUCUUACCAAAGAGUAAUGAAAAAUAUAUGGAAGCCCUCAAAAAAGCAAAGUUGGAAAAGGUAUCCCAAGGUACGAAGGAUUUCAUCAGUAAAAACGCAGCUGAAAUGAAGAAGCUGAUUGAUGGCUUGGAUUUUAAGAAAGAUGAUUUCCCCACGACUCUGAAAUGACUGAGACUGUGUGAUGCAACAUCUCAUUUCAAAAUGAGUCUGGAUUAGAGCAACAUUGUGUUUGUUUUUUGUGAAUUGAAAGGCAAUACUGUCUAAGUUACAGUGUAACUCAACAAAUAAUUCUUUGCAGCUAAUUGCACAUUUUUAAAUAAGGAUAAUCAUAGUUUGAUUAUCCUUCAGCUAUGUUGUACUGCAAUUUGAUGUGAGCUUCUGAUUUUUCUUUUCUAAGCCAGCCUGAAACUUUGUUCAGUGUUUCGGUACUAGCACUUUCCUUCAAGCCCUGAUGCAUCUCUACAUAAUAAAGUGUUUUUUUCUAUGUUAAAUACUAUUCUUAAACGCUUCUAUUAGGAAUAGGAAAUAAAAUUAAAAUGUGAAUCUAUAAGAACUUUGGUGUAUGCACAUAGUAUAUGGCAUGAUUGUGAUGACCUGUCAUUUUUGUUUAAGUGGAGCAAAUGGCUUCUUCCAAUUUGGAUAAUUCUCUUUUUGAAGUGAAAAUGAUAGAAUAAACAGAAUCACCUAG